GGAAACUUAACUCUUGCCUUUGUCACCUCUUGAAGGUCCAAAAAUAUGGAAGCCUCUAAAUAUUUGCUCAUUGCACUGGUGCUUACAAUAUGUGCAGUUGUUUUUCAACUGAUUGGAUUGGCGUCGCCUUACUGGACGUUUGUUGAUGCAACGAUAGUAAAAGUUAAUUUCGGUUUGUGGAAGAUGUGUACUGAAACUGUUUCGACUGGAGAUACCCAGUGCGGAGAUGUGGUUAUACCAGAUGGUUAUACAGACGAUCUUAACGCCGUCCGAGCAAUGGGCAUCCUUGGAUUGCUGGUAUUGGUGGUAGCAGUAAUCAUGACAGUUUUAAAAAUGUUCGUUUUGAAAGAAAAGAAAUCAAUUUUAUUUGGGGCCGUUGGCACAGCUUUUGCUGGAGCGGUGUUUAUCCUUAUUUCAAUAGCAAUAUUUGCAGCCAGAGCGAAGGACUUGGUAACAUUGGUUACAGUCGACCUUGACAUUGAUUACCACUUUGCUUUCGCCUUAAGCAUUAUAGGAAUGAUAGCAGCGAUCGGUGCAGGGGCCGUCAUGUUGGUUGAGAUCAUGAAAGGAUAAAUAAAUUGCAAACUACUUUUGUAUGAAACAUUUAAAAAAAAAAUAGAUUUAGACAUAUUAGUAUACAGUCUGGUGUUUUUAAUCUUUUAUAAAUAUUAGAAAUCCCAGUGUAAUUUACUCAUUAUCAUCAAAUCAUGAAAUGAUGUAUGAAACUAGA